AUGAAGACCUCUGGAGCCUGUAUACUGUUGUGUCUCUUAGCACUCUCCUUGUACCCAGCUGACUGGUUUCCAUGGGUAGUCAAUGGGCAAGAACUGGAAAGUGCAACUGGUGAAGUUAGCACCGACUCUCUUAUCAGCACCUCUGCUGCAGCUGUCACUUCACCUGUACUUCUUAGUCCUGUGCACCUGCCAAUGAUAAUGGAUUGCACCUCUAUGUGUGUGUUCCCAGACUGUCGAGAAGAAAGGUUCCCUUGCACACGCCUUUACUCUGUUCACAAACCGGUAAAGCAGUGUAUCAGCUACCUCUGUGUUACAAGUGUCCGUCGCAUGUACAUAAUAAACAAGGAGGUGUGCUCUCGCACUAUCUGCAAGGAGAAUGAGGUCAUGCAAGAUGAGAUCUGUCGCCAGCUGGCUGGCCUUCCUUCUCGACGUCUCCGCCGAUCUGGGCAACCCCUGCAUGUCCCUUGCAGACAACUCCUGGAGCAGCAGCGCAGAAGGCCUGAUGCUCUGUGAGCUACCAACACUAGGAGAGAAAAAGGAAGGGAGAGAAGAGAAAUCAUCACCCACUACCUACAACCCAAGACAAGGCCUCGUUUGUGAUUUCCCCACUGUUUCCUUGCUUCUCUGCCUUCCCCCACAUCCUCUUUUUCAGGUGCUGUAGUACACAGAGUCUCCUCUCUGCUAGUCUGUCAUGGUGGCUGUUGUCAUC